AGUACAAAAGAAAAACAUGUAAAAACAUGUUUAGAAACAUCAAGAAACACAUCACAAGCUACAAAGCCAAGCCACAAAACAGGCAAAGAACAUACUAUAAAAAGCAAAAAGCAACUCCAGAGAAAAGUAGCUAGAAAUGAUCAGAGAUUUGAAAUUAAAAAAAGAAGAGACAGUCUUAUAGCAAUAACAGAAAAACUUACAAGACACAAUAUGAAGAGAAAAUUGGUACAAAAAAAAGGCAGAGGAGUAGACCUGCAAGAAAAAAGAGAAGACAGGAGACUCAGAGACAGAACAAGACAGGAAGAAGCAGAGUAG